AUGGUGGACGAACCACAGACGGGCAAGACGGACCGCCCGAAAACCCCGGUGUUGGAAGUGCCGCAGGGAGACCGCACGUCGUCGAGGACGGCGUCUCCGGCCCGGCUUCCGACGGAACUCGCGUGGAAGGUCCAAACGCAGAUGGGCCGGAUCGCGACACUCACGGAACUCACCGAGGCUCUGCCGGAUGUCCCGGCGCGGACAUCACUUGAGGAAGUCGCUCAGUUUCAGCUCCUGAUCGAGGAGACGCACAAGGCGUUUAUCAAGGAACACGCCUACUUCGAGGUGUCAUGGCCCUCGGCGCUCACUCACCACGAGUACUUCUCGAAGAAUGCUCGCCAGGCAGAGUCGCGGUGCUAUAUGCAGGCGCGACGAGUCAUCGGCGUGCUUCGCCACGCAUUGGCAGCCGCUCAGCCCGCUCAGCCCGCUCAACCACAGACCAGCUCAUCGGCCGGUGAGGACCGGCGCACGCACUCACGGCUACCGGACAUCUCGCUCCCCAAGUUCACCGGGGAGUAUGCCGCAUGGCCCGCGUUUAGGGAUCUCUUUACGAGCCUGAUCCUCUCAAACCAGCAACUCACGGACGUGGAGAGGCUGCACUACCUCCGUUCGUCGCUGGAAGGCGCGCCAGCUCAGCUCAUUUCAGGGCUCUCAAUGGCCGGAGACUCGCUCACGCCGUCAUGGGAUCUUCUCAAGGACAGGUAUGAGAAUAAAAGACGGCUCAUCCAUGCCUGUCUCGACAAGAUCUUCGCCAGCUCAACACCGGUGCCGAGGAAAGCGUCAGCCUUGGACAAGCUCGUCUCAGGG